AUGUCGACCGUCCGCAUCUGCGUAUGUGGCGAUGAAGGCACCGGCAAAUCUAGCCUGAUCACCUCUUUGGUGAAGGGUGUCUUCGUCACAAACAAGAUCCAGCCUGUUCUCCCUCAGAUCACCAUUCCGCCGACUAUCGGAACUCCCGAGAAUGUCACCACGACCACCGUUGUUGAUACAUCCGCCGUACCACAAGAACGAAAUAACUUGGGGCGGGAAAUCCGCAAGUCAAAUGUGAUCCUGCUAGUCUACUCCGAUCAUUACAGCUACGAACGCAUCGCGCUGUUCUGGAUGCCAUACUUCCGAUCGCUAGGAGUCAACGUCCCAGUGGUCUUAUGCGCAAACAAGUCGGAUCUGGCAGGGAAGCAAAGCGAAGCCCAGGUCAUUGAGGAGGAGAUGCUCCCGCUCAUGUCAGAAUUCAAGGAGAUCGACUCGUGCAUUCGAACCAGCGCCAGGGAGCACCGAAACGUCAACGAGGCCUUCUUUGUGUGCCAGAAAGCAGUCACUCACCCAAUCGCGCCUUUGUUUGAUUCCAAAGAGGCUGCUCUCAAGCCAGCUGCAGUGUCGGCGCUACAGCGCAUCUUCUAUCUCAGUGACAAAGACCGUGAUGGCUACCUUUCGGACAAAGAGCUAGGAGAUUUCCAAACGCGAUGUUUUGGAAAAUCAUUGAGCGACGAGGACUUGGCCCACAUCAAAGAGACGAUCGAGAAAGGAUAUCCCGACUCAGUGACCGAGUCAGGAAUUGACUGCAGGGGAUUUAUCUAUCUGAACAAGCUGUAUGCCGAGAAGGGUCGCCAUGAGACAGUCUGGAUUAUUCUGCGAGCCUUUCAAUACACCGAUAACCUUUCCCUUCAAGAAACUUUCCUCCAUCCGCGUUUCGAAGUUCCCCCAUUCGCAUCGGCUGAGUUGUCCCCCGAAGGAUACAGGUUCUUCGUCAACCUUUUCCUUCUGUCUGACAAGGACAAUGAUGGUGGAUUGAAUAGCACCGAGCUAGAAUCGCUUUUCGCCCCAACUCCAGGUCUCCCCGCUUCAUGGGCGGAUGGCUCAUUCCCUUCUUCCACUGUGCGCAACGAAGCGGGCCAUGUCACUCUGCAAGGAUGGCUCGCUCAGUGGAGCAUGACGACUUUCAUGUCUCCAAAAACCACUUUGGAAUACCUAGCAUACCUAGGGUUUGAAUCUGCUGAUCGCAGCAACCCUUCUACCACUGCCGCUUUGAAGGUGACAAGGCCCCGCAAGCGGCGGGGGCGUCCCGGGCGAGUCGGACGAAAUGUGGUGCAAUGCCAUGUAUUGGGCGCUCCCGGCUCAGGCAAGUCGGCACUGCUUGAUGCGCUGCUCUCCCGAGGCUUCAGCACGACGUAUCAUCCGACCAUCCAACCCCGGACAGCUGUCAACACGGUCGAGCUUCCUGGCGGCAAGCAGUGUUAUCUCAUCAUGGAUGAGCUGGGAGAAUUGGAACCGGCCUUGCUCGAGAAUCGAACCAAACUACUGGAUCAAUGCGAUGUUAUCGCUUACACGUACGACUCCUCAGAUCCGGAUUCUUUUGCUUACAUUCCGGCCCUCCGAGCAAAAUACCCUCAUCUGGAAGACCUUCCCAGUGUCUUUAUCGCGCUCAAAGCUGAUUUAGACCGUACCACUCAGCGGGCUGAAUACCAGCCACAUGAGUAUACUGCCAUGCUGAAGAUGCCCAGUCCACCCCUCCACGUAAGCGUCACCUGGUCCUCAAUCCAGGAAGUUUUCGUGCACAUCGCGGAGGCUGCUAUGGAACCCAGCACCGCCUUUCCGCGCAGCGAGGAGGAUAUCGAAGGGAAAUGGAUGUCUUGGGGAAUCGCACUUGGAGCCGUGGUCUGCGCGGGAGCUGCAGCUGUAGUGAUAUGGCGUCGAGUGAGUGGUGGCAGUGGGGCUUAA